AUGACAAGUACAGAAUCUGCGAUGUUACUUACACGUAACGAAGCAAGAAAACUUCGUAAACUUCAAAUCAAAAAACGCCGAGCUUAUGAAACCGUGACAAAAUUUGAGAACGUCACGUGCAAUGAACUGUUUUCGGACGUGCAAACUCAAUAUUUAUGUUUAAUAAAUGUAAAUUUUGGAGGAGUAGGAAAUGUCACGACAGAACAAUUAAUAAAAAUAUUUAAUUCCUUUAAGGGAUAUAUUGGAAUUAGAUUAACACAUGGCAAGCCUUAUUCGUUUGUUAUGUUUGAUUCAGCUUCAACUGCAAAUAUUCCGGGAUUAUUUUUAAUAGAAAAUUUUAUAUCGGAUGAAUUAAGUGAAAGUAUUUUAAAUACUGUUUAUUCAAAUACUGGAUGGAUUCUUUUAAAACAUCGGAAGGUGGUGGUUGGUGAACCCUCACAUGAAUUUCCAUCAUUCAUGAAUUCAAUUUUUGAUAAAUUAAAAAAAAUAAAUUAUCCUUUAUUACCAGAAAUGGAACAACUUUCUAUACUUCAUUAUCCAAUUGGAACAGGAAUUCCACCUCACAUAGAUACUCAUUCAUCAUUUGGAGAAUUUAUCACGUCAAUUAGUUUGGGAAGUCCGGUUAUUAUGGAAUUCAAAAAUGUUAAAACUGGUGAAGUGAUUAAUAUCGAUUUACCAGAUAAAUCUUUAUUGAUUCUUUCUAAUGAAGCGAGAUAUGUUUGGAGUCAUUCGAUUCGAGCACGAAAGAGUGAUCAAUUAGAUAAUGGGCAAGUUAGAGAACGAGGACCACGUGUCUCAUUAACACUUAGAACCCUUAACCCUGACAAAAUUUGUAAAUGUUCAUGGCCAGAAUUAUGUGAUCGAAAUAUUAUUCAUUUGGAAUUGAAUCAAACACCCAACAGUAUUAUUUCUUUCAUUCCUAGAAAAAAGAAAACAACAAAUUGA